GAGCGGGCCGAGCGAUGUCGCCGCCGGGUCCGGGUCCGGAGAGCGGCGUCGGGGGACCCUGCCUGCGCUCCAUUAACACCCGCGAACUAUCCGAAGUGGUUUUUAACAACCGCAGCCCCCGCUCCGUUCUCCCGAUUUGGGUCGAUUUCGAAGGCAGACCGCGUUAUUACCCCGUUCUCCAACCGCGUACCGGGAGGAUCAUGCACAGCUACCGGGGUCACCUCUGGCUGUUCCGGGACGCGGGGACAAACGAUGGGCUCCUCGUCAACCAGCAGGAGCUGUUUGUAGCGGCUCCCAAUGUGAAUAAAGCAGACAUCACGCUGCCAGUGUUCACCCUGAAAGAGAGAUGUCUCCAGGUUGUUCGCAGUCUGGUCAAACCGGUGGACUACAGGAAACUGGACAUUGUUCGGUCAUUGUAUGAAGAGCUGGAAAAUCAUCCUGAUAUUAGGAAGGAUCUUCAGCGGCUUUCUCUGGAGAGAAGUGACAUGUUGAGGAAUGGAAUUCUGGAAUAACAUGAUUGCUCACUCCAGACUCUUGAAGUAGCAAAACACUGAGUUUAAGCAGGGGUAGUCACUGCGAAACACGCCAAGAAAGAACGUCUGUAUUUAAGUUCUGAAACAUAAACUCAGUUAAAUUGAUGAUGGUAAGUCAGAUCCAAAAGACUAAACAGCACACAGAAGCACCCCGGGUUCCUGCUGGUUCAGUUCUGUUCUUCAUUGUGUGUAUCGCAAACCGGUGACUCUGGAGGCCUUGCGCAGAUGAAGCUCAGAAGCUUUAUUUGGACUAUCUCGGAGCGCUGCAUAGGGACGUAAAAUCGGGGCAUCUAUUUGGAGAACAUGCGUAGAGAUUAACUUUCAUUGUAUUAGAAAGUAAAUUGCGCCAAGGAUGAACUUAAUCCAGACUCUAAUGAUCGUAAGUGUCAGGCCAACACCAGUUCUGCUACAUGAUUUGUUUUCGAUGGAAUUUCACCCCCUCGCACUUAGCCUAGGUUUGCCUGUGAAUCACAAAGCGCGGGGGGUGUUUGUAUACACGAGGGUUUCCAUCACCACCUUCUGAGGACCUGACCUGAACCGUUAUGUUGGUGGAAAGAUGACACGUGUAAAUGCUUGGGGGUUUUUCUGCCUCUUAACCUCUGCAUUUAUAAAGCCUUGUCAUACCCACUCUGAGGCUGACCCGUUUUUACACAGAUCCUACCCUGAACACCUUACUUGUCCUUCGUGAUUGGACUCUUGCCUAGCUGAUCUCAAGGUGAUCCGACCUAGUCAGCUGUAUAGACUGGAUCCGAGUUUUGGGAUGCCUUUGGGACACCUGCUUCCCCAGCUGCCUGUGCAGGCUUACCGGGCAGCGUUCAUAGAGGGUGGAUGCUUUGAGCCCUACCCGUCCCCAUCACAAUGCAGCAGUUCAGGUGGUAGCGGGAGGCCUUUUCGGGGAGUGUGGGCCACUCGAGUUGCUGGUGUCCCCUAAGGAACAGACAGCAGGCAGGGCCUGUUGCUAGGUCCAGCUCACAAACAGAUCCAUGCUUUCUCCAGGCUAGAUAAGCAGAGAAGACACAUCUUUGCCUAUGUUCUGCUCCCCCCAUGCCUCAGCUGGGAUGUGUGUUUGUGUGAAUGUACACACAUAACUCAAAGCAGCAUUGCUUUUGGCAGAUACGUGAGUUGUCCACCACGUAACAGACGUAGCGCUCUUCAGUGUUAGAAGCAGAUUGCCAGGAGGUUAUAGCAGGUCAUUUCUGUGGCAUACGUUUUUUUUCCAGUUACAUGUUGUAAGAAACACAGCCAUGAAACAGACUGUCAACGUAUUCUGUAAGUAUGAAAUAUCGCCCCUUUUUGUAGACUUGUUUUUCUUACAUACUUGAAGUGUACGAAUUGAUCUUUGUCAUAAAAAUGUAAAUCUGUGCUUUUUACUCUUAAUUCUGUCAAAUAACUUCAUAGUGCUUGUGACUGUGUGCUUGUAUUCCUGCAAUACUCCUGGAAGUCAUGCAGCUCCUGAUGGGCAACAGCUAGUCCUGGAUGCUUUGUGUUGAUUUGCUGCUCUCGAUCCCCUCCUGAGGUGGCAAAUGCCUCAUGCGCAGAGCAGAGGCCAGACGGGGACUUUUGGAUUCCACACCAGGCACCCAUCUCUCAAGUUAGGCGCUGUAGCGUCUGAUUUUUAGUACCAAAGUACGUUGUUUGGAUCUGGCUUCACAGCUUUAUACGGUCAUUUCAUCCCGCCAACAGUAGCUGACUACUCUUUGCACAGCCGCUAAGAAUAGGAAGUACUUUAUUUUUAAAAUAAUGACUGCCUCUUGCUAAAUGUAUAGCAAGAGGGAUUUCGUGCUUGAAGUUGUAUACUUGCCCUAGACAAGAUAACAAAGGAAAUUCUACUUCCAUUUUGCAGAUGAAAUUGAGUUUUCCCAAGUUAUGCAAGGAGUCUGGGAGAAGAAGGGACUGAACACAAAGUCUGGUGCAGAACCCUGUUCUUGCAGCUGCCUCCCCUGUUCCUCCCACAGCUGUUUUCUUGCAAUACAUCUUGUGAUACAAAUUCUGUAACUGCUUAACUAAUUUAGCUCUCGCAUACCAUCUAAGUGUUGAUUUUCCUGUUGACAAAUCAUGAAAUACCUUUUUUUUUUUUUUUCACACAUCAGGUUUAAAAAUGUAGCGACUUCCUCUCUGUGAUGAGAAGCACUUAAAAACAUCUCUCGCAAGUAGCUGACCAGGUGUUGUUUUUACAGUCCACCGAGUCACACCUGAUGUUACAUUUGAUCCUCUCGCCAGAGUCUGACAGUUCCGCUACAGCUCUUGCUGGCUCUGUCUUGUCUUUUUAACCAACCUGGCAGUGAUUGUGAGCCUGUUAAACAACACCUUCAUUUAGCUGGGCUCAUCGUAAGAGUCAAAUUAUCAAAUGCUCGCAAGACCCUACCACAGACUUGUUUAGUGAUAACUUCAGCCCAGCUGUGUAUCUUGGGGGGGGUUUAACUUAGAGGUAUUCUAGCAUAAACCCAAUUUGAUUACAUAUUGUUUGUUGUUGAAAUGCAAUAGCUCAUAAUAUUUGUGGUAUCCUUUGGUCUUCAGCCAAACCCAUGGCUCAACUAUUUACUCAAAGUGCAAGGCAGCCACAGAUGUAAGGAAGCAAUUGACAUAAUAGCCUGUUCGGUUAUAGUUGUUACAGCAGGUGCAUAAACGCGGUACCAGAAAUUUUUGGUCAUUAAAGAACUCCUGUUGAUAAAAUAUGUUUAAAAAAUAAACAAUAAAGCCAGAUGUUACAGAUAGGUAAACUUCUGGAGAAAUGCUCAGCAUACACAAGAAAGUGUACCAUUUCUCCUGUUCUGGAGUGCUCCUUUGGAUCAGAAUAAAAAAAGACCGGAGAAAACCCCGGCUGGCUCUAAGACGUGAACAUUGGGAAGUGGAGCCUCCCACUAGUUACUCAGCUAGGUUAGUAAGGAGCGAAAGCCGUCAUUUACUUGUGACAACUACAUUAAAAAUUUGGGUAGUUUUCAGUCGGAGCCAUAGGACGGUCUCGUUCGGCAGUCACGGGAGCAGCAGUACACUGAGAGCGAGAGGGGCCAGGGCCAGACCGAAAGCUCCGGCUGGGCCCAGCUGCAGGGUGCGGUGCGGUGGGAAGGCGCUGCUGCAGGAAGUGGCGGGUCACAGCAAAGGCGACAAA